AAUCGUCACGCCCAACCCGUUCGUUUCCAUCCACAUAGUCCAUUGCGUUGAAUGGCACCAACUGCAAAGAACGAUAAGCUGCGUCAGACAAGUUACCAUUAAUUUAGCAAAGAAAAGAGGAUUCCACAUCAUAUUUUCAACUCCACACGUAUGAUAAUGAAGACAAUUCUGAUCUUAAGUCUUGUAUUAUUGAACAUACAAGUCUUAGUUGAGGCUGAUGAGCCGAAGACUGCAGAUGACUAUAUGAACAUGUGUAUUACCUUACCAGUAGAAGGGGCCAGCAAGACGGAAGCGUCACCUGAGCCAGAUUUGGAGUGCCCGAGUUUCAGAGAAAAGUCUUGCUGCAACACCAACGCAACUGCAGAUUUCCUGAAGACCCAUGUGUGGGAGUCAGUGAUAAAUUUCGACCACUGUCCAGGAAAACCACGCCUGUCACCGGACUGUGCGAGACUAAUGCACCAGGAAAUGUGCUUCUAUGCCUGUUCCCCAAAUCUCGGCCCGUGGAUUGUCAAGGCAUAUGCACAUCCGGAUUUGGACCACCUUAAUCAUGCACCUCUUUGUGCCAGCCAGUGUGAAGAAUGGUGGAAUGCUUGCAAAGAAGAAUACACCUGUCAUAAGGACUGGAUCACUGACAUGGUCUGGGGCAAACUUCACAGCUGCAAGAAGGACGCGGUGUGUAAGAAAUACAAAGAGUUCUACAGCUCUGCCGCCGACUUUUGCAGCACCAUAUGGCACGGCGACUAUAAGGUAGUCCCAGACUCGGAACCUUGCUUAGUAUUCACAUUUGACACCUCGAAAUCAAAUCCAAAUACCGCCGUGGCUCAGGCUGCUGCUGAAAAAAAGGCUACCGAAUAAAACGACGUUGUGGCUAAAUCUUGAAUUGAGUCGAAUUGUGCACUAGUAAAAUCUCCCUGCAUAAUUAUAAUAAAUGCACUAUGCAGAAAAA